AUGGAGCUCCCAGCCGAGCUGGACACCACGAAUCGUGCCGAUGAAUGGGUGAUCGAACAGGGCAUGGCAGGCCACAAGCUGCCGAUCCUGGACCAAACCGGAAGCGACACCGUCCACCUGUAUCCCUCACGUCAAUCCAAGCUGACCAAAGACGAAGAGGUAAUUGAGUCAGUGGGGGAUCGCAGCAAGCUGUUCGCCCGAGAAAAGGACGGCUGGAAAGGAAAAAAGGCCAAGGCACACAAGGUGCUUACCGCGCAGACCUUCGCCCAGAGUCCGGAUUUCAUGUUCGGGCCUAUUCCGGGCACCAACCCCGUGCUCACGGGCGAUGACUUCAAGGAAUGGCAUCAGGCCAUUGGGGGUGAGCUGACAAGUGUGGCAGCCGACUCGUGGCGGACAGUCCUGCGCGAGAAGCAUCCGGACAUGCUGCAUCUUCUGCAGUUUCCCUACAACGGGGAGCCACCGAAACGACUGGUCACAUCCAAGGUGGUCACGCCGAACCCGUUGCACUUCGUGCGCAACCACGGCGGCAUCCCGCUGAUUGACAAGGACAAGUGGAGCCUAUCUCUCGAUGGGCUGGUGAAUCAUCCGCGGUCGUAUACGCUGGACGAACUCAAGGACGAGAUGAGGUUCCCGCGCAUGGAGAAGCUCGUCACGAUGCAGUGCUCGGGAACGCGUCGCAUUGAGCAGAUCAACAUGUACGGCGGGCAAGGCGAUGAAGUGCCGCAGGCGCCGUGGGCGGAGGGGGCUAUCGGCACGGCGCGGUAUGUCGGGAUCAGUUUGAAGAAAGUGAUCAAGGACUGUGGAGGGCUCGUCCGGCCCGCCAAGCACCUCGAGCUAUACGGCGCCGAGACCUACAUCAAGGACUUGGAGGCGAUGAACUACGUGGUCAGUGUGCCGUGGUCCAAAGUCAAGGCCAACGAGGUAAUCUUGGCCUGGGAGAUGAACGGAGAGCCACUGCCUAAAAUCCACGGAUACCCGUUGCGAGUGGUUGUGCUGGGGUAUAUCGGAGCGCGCAGUGUCAAGUGGCUCUACCGCAUCAAGGCCAUUGAGAACCCAUCCCGAGCCCCCGUCCAGAGCAAGGAAUACCUGUAUUUCAACCAGCAGGUCGGCAAGUACAACAUGCGGCCAACAGACGGAAUCCAGAUCCAAGAGAUGCCCGUCAGCUCGGCGAUCAUGUCGCCAUGGACGAAACAAGCCGUCAUGCACACCGGCAAGAUCCGGUGUAAGGGUUGGGCGUAUUCGGGGGGAGGCCGGUGGCCGGAGCGAGUGGAGUUGUCGGCCGACGGGGGGUUCACUUGGUACGAGGUGCCGCCGGAGAAGCUGUCGAAGAAGGGCCGCUGGACGUGGCGGGUGUGGGAAAUCGACCUGCCAUGCGACGUGGAGGGCUGGAUUGAGAUUGUGUGUCGGUGCUGGGACAACUCGCUCAAUACACAGCCGCUGAAUGUGCGCGCUGCCUGGAACUGGGGUCUGCAUGUCACCUCUUCGGCGCAUCGGAUCAAGGUGUAUAGCAUCAACAAGAGCCGGCCCGUGACGAAGCAGCGCUUGGACAAGUAUGAGCAGUUGGGGAUUCCUCUGGCCCCGCUCACUCGCUAUGAAACCGUCCCCGGGCAGUCCAUGGAGGAGUAUGAGCAGUUUUGGCGCGAGCAUGACCCGCGCGAUGUGGAUGACUGA